GCUCAAAAAGCUGCCAACGAAGGUGUACGAGAUGCUGUGCUUGACUUGCAUCGUUGGCUGGACGACUAUGAACAACGUGCUGGAAUUUCCAGGGAUAUUCCUCUGGUAGAGGAGUCCCUGAACGAACUGAAGCGAGAGGUACAGCUACUACGAAUGGAUCUUGAUAGCCGCAUCGCAGUUUCCAAAGAUCUCGCAGAAGACUUGAGCAAGUUGUCUGCUUCUAAUCCUCCUGAAUGGAAGAAUAUGAUUGAGGAGAAGUUGAAAAAGGCUGUUUUGCGUCUGCAGAGAAUUAGUACCGAUCUUAGGGGUUUCCGAGACAAUGUCAACGAUGCGCUAGAAGGCGUUGUGAAACUCGAAUCCAAUGGAACAUUGAUAAAUCGUUCUUGUGAUUCGCUUUCUUCGAAUUUGAAAAUGACAAAUGCUCGUGAUCUGCCCCGAUUGCAAGAGAUUGCCGCAGAGCUGGACUCGAUGAACUCUCAACUUAUUGUUAUGAGAAGUACAGCUGAGAACAUCAAACAGAUACCGAACGUAUCAGGAACGGAAGCGGUUGACAUCUAUAUUGAUGGAAUUAGCAAUAAAGUUAACAGCUUAAAAGAAGAACUUGAAGCCAAAUAUUCGCAGCAAGCUGAAGUCGGGCACUUGGAAAUGGAAUUCGAGAAUAUCAAGCAGAGGCUGAAUCAAUGGCUAGGUCAGUUUGAUAAGGAUAUGGAAGAACUUGAGCCCGUUUCUAUACAAAGCGAAAAGCUACAAGUGCAAAAAGAGCAAUUGUCUUCUAUGAUGCAUAAGCAUAAAGAAGGACUUACGCUUGUCGAAGAACUUGACUCUAUCGCAACACGUUUGGGUGACGCUGAGGAAAGCAGUUAUGCUGGGAACAGGCUGAGUGCAAUCCCUAGAGUUGCAAUGGAUCUUUUGACAAGGUAUAAUGCCCAAGCUGACACGCUCAGAAGGCGCUCCGAAAAAGUAGACACAGCCGCACACAAGGCUGCAGAACUACUCACGGCUGAAGAAGAAUUACGUUCAUGGAUUGCAGUCCAAAACAAGAAUUUAUCUGAAUGCGGUGUACCCACCACAAUGGACGCGUUGCACUCAUUACAAACCACACUGGAACGUCUUAAUAAGAGCAGAAGAGCAGAACAACGGCGACUUGACGACGUAGGUGAUAAUUGUACAUUUAUGAUAGAUAGAAAGAAUCUUAAAAAUAACCAUAUGCACAACCCUCUUGUAGAUGUCGCUUUUAAAGUAAUUGAUGAGAUUUUGAGCUAAUG